ACAACAACACAAAGUUACAGAGCAUCUCUCCGAGUCCCCGCCUGCCUUCUUCUCGCUCGACUUCACCUCCUCUCCGUGUCUCACCUGCAGUCUUCACCUCCUCCAGACCUCCAGCGAUACUUUAGCUUCCACCUCUUCCCCGUCUACAGUUUACCCAUCUGAUCUGAGGUGUGUCUGGACGAGAUCAAAGAUGCUGGCUUGUACGGAGAUGAUCACUAUGUGCCUGCAGUCCGCCAAGCAGAAGCAUCUCCGGGCUCAGCAGCAGCAGCAGCAGCAGCCGCUGCACAGCGCCGGACAGGGGCUUAGUAUCUUUCAUGAUAUUUUCCGCAGAGCAGACAAAAACGAUGAUGGCAAGCUGUCUUUUGAUGAGUUCAAUGUUUACUUUGCGGACGGGAUCCUGACCACUGAGGAGCUACAGGAGCUCUUCUACUCCAUAGAUGGCCGACAGAACAACAAUCUGGACACUGACAAGCUAUCAGAUUAUUUUUCUCAGCACCUGGGCGAGUACCUCAAUGUACUUUCAGCCCUGGAGAGCCUGAAUGUCGCCAUUUUAAAGGCUAUGGAUAAAACUAAAGAGGAGUACCAGGGGUCCAGUGUGCUGGGCCAGUUUGUCACCAGGUUCAUGCUAAGGGAGACGUCAAGUCAGCUGCUGUCCCUGCAGAGGUCACUGCAGUGUGCCAUGGAGGCUGUGGAGGAGCAGAGCAGCCCGGCACCCAGAGAGGUAAAGGCACCCGAGCUGACAGUAGCAGAGAGGAACGGCAGGCGGUGUGGUCGCAGGCUCCAUAAUAACCUGUGCAUGUCACCAUCAGAUCCCUGCUCUGGCAUCCUGACCACAGGUGUGAACGUGGUAGAUGGAGAGAACUGGUGCUCUCAAAUCAGCCGUCUGCAACAACUGCUGGAUAAACUGGAGUGUCAGAGUCCCAAGUUGGAGCCACUGAAAGAGGACACUCUGGCCAGCACGUACAAGUCUAACAUCCUGCUGGUUCAGAGGCAGAUGUCAGUGACCGACCAAGAUCUGGACAACUUCCGGAAAGUUCUGAAGAGCUACAUCGAUGCCACCUCGGCCCACUCUGACAACCUGCACGUGUCGGUUCAGAAGCUCCCGGGGAAGUCGUGUUACAUAAUGUAUGAGUUCUGGCAGGACCGAAUCUCCUGGAUGAGCUACCUGCAGUCCAACAGCAGUAAAGACUUUCAGCGCUGCGUCAUUGACAUGCUGGAGGACGCUGAAAUAGUUUCUACUAUGUUGCUCCCAGCGUCCUGGUGGAUUAUGACUAACAACUAACCCCUGGAUGUCACAUCCACUGCCUACACUGUCACACGGACAAAGACACACUGCCGCUUCAACCUUCCCACCCACACGCAUGCACAGAACACAUACACAGACGCACACACACACACAUACACACAUGCAUAUGGGAAUUCAAAAGGCAUCCAUCCAUGUGUUUGAAAGCAACAGGAGACUGAGACAAUGGCGUCAUCCAGCUUCCUCCAGCAGCAUCCUUUAAUGUUCCUCUGACUGCGAAUGCUCAUUAUUGUGCCGCUUGUAUCAAAAGGGAUAGUCGCACCCCUAUAGCCGAUCUAUACACUUGAAAGUGACGGAUUCAGCGCGACGCAAAAGCAGUUUUCUUUUUUUUAAUAACUCCGUCUUUCACUUGUGCAAUCGCCUCCUCUCUCAUGCAGUGUUUUUCUGAUAAUUAUGCCAGUGGAGAAACCACCAAAACCACGCUAGAAUAGGCCACUACUGCAAAUCAAAUUGGAAUGAAAACAACCAUGGCAGUAGUGUUUUGUGCUUUUGAUGAGUUGUUUACUGUGGAAUACGAUUUCAGACAAGCCGAGAGGAAGAGGAGAUAAAGGGUUACUGCAGCUGAAACAUGCAUGCUGUUGACUGUGAAACACUACCUUUCUCUCCUGGCUGUAUACGCUGUAUUAUAGAUACUGUAGCACUGUUUUUAUUUCCUGUCGCUUUCCUACUGUCCUGUGCAUACAGUGCCAACAAAAGGUGUCAACAGAAACACGCCACCUGCCCUGACUUUAAUUUAGUGCUCGAUAUUUAAGUGGUCAGUUAUUGGUAUGAGUUUUAUCUCCUCAGUCUUUAGUCUGAGAAGCACAUUCUCUGUUUCAAAUGUAAAGUAUCUCUUAAAUAAUGUGUAUUCAAGGGGAAAUGACAGUUUGUGGGGGGGUUUUAUUGUAACACUAAGUUAUAAACUUUAAAUAUA